AGCAUAUUCUUUGGUUGCAGAGUAAACAAGAUGGACAUUAUUACAAUGGGUGUUGUUGCCGUGGGAACAGUGGUGGCAGUCCCUGUCAUCAUCAGUGCCGUUGGAUUUACAACGGCCGGUAUUGCCGCAGGCUCUCUUGCGGCCAAAGCGAUGGCAGCCUCAGCAGUGGCCAAUGGAGGUGGUGUGGCUGCUGGCAGUGUUGUGGCCGUCCUGCAGUCUGUCGGAGCAGCUGGUAUUGGCGCUGCCGCCAGCGUGGUCGUAGGGGGCGCUGCUGCCGCAAUCUUCGCGUUGUUCUAGUAAUCGUUGUUCAUAGGCGACGCUACUGUCUUUUUUUGAUUUCCAACAUAUUAAAAAAUUUUCUAAGAACUUACCAUUCAAAAGGAUUAUAUCUGUCAUAAACACUAAUAACAAAAAGCUGCACGUGAUUGUGUUCCUUGAAAAUGACUUGAAAGUGACUUGGCUGUUUCAUAUUAUUUAAUUGUCUUUCUUCUCUUUUUUCAGAUUUCAACUAAAUUCCUCUUUUUCUGUGACAUUUGUAUAACAGACAGCAACUGUCUAAAAUGCUCUUUUACUAGUUUUAUCUAGUUUUAUACUAGUCCUGACAUUUGCUGUGAUAACUUUGUGUAUCUGUAUUUUAGCAUCCUGAUUUUGUGUUAGAGUGUAUAAAGAAAUUUUCAUAACUGUUAUCUAAAAAUGUACCCGAACAUUGUAAACAGUGAAAAGCCGAACAAAAUUUAUGAAAUAUGAAAUGUGUAGACAAAACUGUUUCGACUUUUUCAUUGAAGAGUUUAAUUGUAAAAAUAGAAAAAAACCAUGAAUUUUAAAAAAGACUUUUCCUAUACAUGAAGGCUUUUUACAUACUAUACCUGAAUUUUCUGUAAUAACAAACUGAACUGUUGCCAGAAAUUGUGGCUUCCUAUUAUAAUUAAUAGGAAAAGUAUAUAAAAUUAUACAUGCAACUUAAAAACAGGAUUAUUUUCAGUAUUUAUAGAGAUUAGCUCCAGACUAUUUAGUUGCAUAAAUAAAGUUAAGUUCCUGCUUGAA